ACAAUAUUGCUUCAAACUUGAUUAAGAUUUUCUCUGGUAUGGAAGUGAAAUGACUAUGACUAUCUCAUUAAUAUUGAGUAAUAAUUAUCACAUUGGAAAUUUCCUAGAUUAGGGAGUGUCAUCAUCACGAAUAACGCAACUUUAGAUGCUAGAUUGAUAAAGGAAAGCUAAUGGAAUUAUGAUCAAUCUACUCCUACCAUCAUCUCAACAAAUAGUCAUAUUCAUAUGGACAAUUCAUUUAUUAUUCACUCGUACAUACGCUCCUAAAACGAAUGAGAGAACACUUGGCAACUCAUGUCGUUACAAUGACGAAUGCGAUGGUGAUCAGUGGUGUCAUAACAAGAAGUGUGACUUGGCCUGUCACAGUGUGCAGUGUGGCACUGAGGCCAAGCCACCACAUAGCGUGUGUGUUGUCACCAACCAUGAGCCAAAAUGUGUUACCCCCGAUCAAUUGGAAAUAGUUGACCGUACCAAUCAUCGUAAUUGGCACCUUGUGAAUGAUAAGUCUUGCGGACAUGAGAACCAUAUGAGAGUUUUAGGUGGUCGUAAUGCAAAAUUGGGAGAAUUUCCUUGGAUGGCAUUGGUACUUAUCAUAUCUGAGUUCGACUCAGGUGAAAAAAUAAACUACUGUGGUGGAUCCAUAAUCAAUGACAGAUACGUUGUUACCGCGGCGCAUUGUGUUCGUAAAUCAGAACGGGACGGUGACAAUUUUAGAGUCAAAGUACGUCUUGGUGAAAAUGAUUUGAAGCGCGAUCCAGACUGUGAGAGCGAUUUGUCCAAGCAUGUAAAGGGAUUGUGCACUCCAGAGCCCGUCGAAUACGAUGCAAAUGAAAUACAAGUUCAUCCGGACUUCAGAGCCAAUCAAGGCACUGGAUCAAGCGUGGACCCAUGGGGUGAUCUGGCUCUAUUGCGCAGUGACAAGAAAUUCGAUUUUAGUGACUUCAUUCUUCCAAUUUGCUUGGAAUAUGGAGACCUACUCAGACAGGAUUACACUGGAGAAUUGGCACAAAUCAUCGGCUGGGGAGCCUGGGAUAAUAUCAGACACAACAGGACACGCCGUCAGUCGACCUACACAGGUCGCCUGCAGAAGGCACACGUCUUCGUGCUCGACCAUCUCACCUGCAACUUACUCCUCGUGGCGUUGGAAAUAAUCAAGCCGGAAGAGCCACCGGACCAGUUCCUAUGUGCCGGAAAUCAUGAGAUCCUCUCCUUCAUCGGCGACUCCGGAAGUCCACUGAGUGUUGUCAAGGCCGUUGAUGGCGAUAAGGCCCGCACUUAUCUGAUAGGUGUCACCUCCUACAAUUACAAUUUGCUCACUGAUACUGGAGGCUUGACUAGACCUACUGUUUAUAUCAGGGUUGCCGCUUAUUUGGAUUGGAUUUUGGACACAAUUCGUGAAUGAUUGCAACAUGGGAGUCACCUGAAAUGUCUCCAACAAAUCGUCUUUGAUCUAUAGUUAUACCCUGAUACCGUACUAAAUAGUAUAUUUCGCACCUAGAGCAGAAAAUGAGAUUUUUCCGGCUCGAAAUCGGUUUUCAAGUCCGAGGCCCUAGGCCGAGGACUAGAGAAGAUUGAGAGCCGGAAAAAAAAUUUUUGCCCGUGGUGCGAACGCUAUUUUUCGCCACACACAAAAAUAAACAAUAUAUUAUAUAUGAGAAUAGUUGUUUACUAAGCACUUCCGAAAGCAGAAGUGGAAGGUGAUAGCUCUAGCAAAUCUGAGGUAAUCUGAAUAUGAGGAAAUUGUCCAGGUAUUUUUAUUUUUUAUUCUGAUUUGUCUAAAUAACCUGAAAGAUUAUGUUCAAUUAUGUGGGAGGUUGAGUUUAUACUUUUUUAUUCUUCCAAAUGACAAUAAGAUGAUAUUAUUAUAAAUGUUUUAAUUAUUGAAUAAUGAACACAACUAAUGAAAAGUUUUUUGAUCAACUGUUUUUUGAUCACCUUUCUUAGUUCCAUGUUAGCGGCUGGAAAGGGUACUCUUUCCGGCCUAGGCCGGAAAGAAACCUGUUCUGACGUCAGACGAGAGUCGUCUGCAAGCAAUCUCUUUCAGAUCUAAGUAGGGUCUGGAAAACAGCUGCUUUCUGUGCAGUGUGGCGAAAAAAGUAAUGGCUUUUGUUGGUGGGGAGUCCCUUGCGGGAAGGACCCACCGCCUGAAUAUAUAAUUUAAGCCGUCAAUGGGCCUUACGACUGCCAUACUUUAGCCUGGACCAACAGUUUAACGUAGCCAUCCGAUAACACGGGAGUGAUCUGGUUAAAAAACUGUAUUUGAUACCAUACUUAUUUGUGGGUAACAGGUACCUUGACACCUAUGUUCUCUCGUAUUCAAAAUAAUAUAAUAAAAGCCAUCAUAAGUAUACCAUUAUACCACCUAUUCAUAGGUAACAGAUAUACUCUGACACCUAUGUUGUCCGUAUUCAAAAUCAAAUUUUCAAAAAUGAUCCAAAAGCUAAUCUUCGAUCUAUCAAUAUAAAUAGGAGUCUCGCAUAUUGGUCAGUGUUUAGGAUAACUACUUUGAAGGAAUUGCAACAAAUGUCCACUACAGAUUCUCUUGUGGUAUAGGAUCAAAGGAUAUCGUUUCAGGUGACCUCAACAUUAUCUAUGACAGUGGUUGUUAUGAUAUGCAUGUAUUGUGUAUACAGUGUAUUAUAAUGAAAGGGUACUUAAUAACUUUCGUUGUGUUUCAUUAAUUUCAGUAGCCCUAUGUAUUAUAAUGACUGUUAUUGACGUUUUCAAUUGCCAUGUUAAUGUGCUUUGGAGAAAUAGAGACAUUCUUUGUUCGUAUUCUUCUAUUGUGCAUGCAUAGAUGGUUGUUGCUACACCAGUUAUAGUCCUAGUUUAGUUGAUUUUGUUUGUACAAUGUAUGCGGUUGGCCAAAUAAAUUAUUGAUUGCA